UUGUAGCUUUAACGAUUUCUUAUAGUAAUCUCUAGUGUUAUUCGCAGUUGAAACGAUGACUAUCUUACUGUCACGUCUGUAUUAUGUUGUCACGAGUCCUAAGCGACAAAUGCGUCAACCGUGUUCGACGACAUAUAGUAUCAUGCCGCAGAAACCAUAAUUAUUUUACAUUCAAAGUUACCAAGUAUAAAAGACAGACGGUAGUUUUCAAGAAUCUUCCGCUCGGCGACUAACAACAUUCGCAUUAUUAUUCAACGAGGCUCCCGCCAAAUAGCGACUUUGUGCAGCAGCAGCAGCUGGUUGAACACAAAAUGGAUCAACCACAUUUGGCCAUAACAACUUCUACAGCAGUGGACGAAACCCUGUUUGAAUACAAAGGUGGCUUAGCGGAUGAUUUGAAAUUUUUAGCCGCCAUCCCAGAAGUCUGUGAUGUCACCUUUUUGGUUGGAGAAACACGCGAACCUGUAUGCGCUGUAAAAGCAAUACUUGCAGCUAGAAGCAGAGUUUUCCAUCAAAUGUUAUACGACACGAGUUUUCAACAUCAAUCAUCGACUGGCGGAGGCACACCGAAACGAAGUGGAGGCUUGAUUAAACAGCUUUCUGGUGUAGCUAGCGGAAGCCAAAAUCCGCAACAACAGAAUCGAUUAAGGAUGUUACUUAAACGGAGUUCGGAACCAUUAUUAAUAUUUCAACAUCAUCAACAGCACCAAUCCCGGCAGUUACAAAAAUCGCCUCCUAGCCGGAGUAGCGUGAAAAACAACAGCAAAAUGACUUCUUCCGGAACUAACACUUCGUCAACGUGGUCGAAAUACAAGAGAGGAAGUAUUGCGGGAACAACUUCGCCCACUAAAAGUACAUUAACGUCGUCAACGGUUAUCGUGAUCGACGAAUUUGACGCUGAUGUCUUCCGUCAGUUAGUUGAAUACGUGCAUACCGGUUGUGUGACAUUACAACCUCGUACACUGUUAGGUGUGCUGAAUGCAGCAGAUUAUUACGGGUUGGACGAGCUUCGAGCUGCUUGCACCGGAUUCGCAGACGCUGGAGGUAUCACAGUAGACACUGCCUGUGCACUGUUGGCGUCCGCCGAACGAUACAUUCAUUACAAAUGCACUAAAUCUCUGGUGCAAAAAGUGCUCGAGUUCGUUGACGAACACGGUGGACGCGUACUCAGUCUCGGAUCGUUUACUCUGCUGCCACAGCACGUGGUCCGUUUGAUACUGUCGAGGGACGAAUUGCGUGCCGACGAAUUGACAAAAUUCCAGGCGGCUUUGAUGUGGUCGAAAAAAUGUGCCGCCGAUGCUGCUGAUAACAACAAGGCGGAUUCGGAAGAAGCGGAUUGGCGAGCAUUAUUUCGAGAACACUUUGCGCCCAUCAUUCAGUAUCAUAAGAUCGCAGCCCGCGUAAUCCUAGACGAGAUAAUGCCGUUGGGUGUGGUACCAGAUCGAGAUCUCUUGUCUGCUCUAGCUUAUCAGGCUGAUCCGAACAGCGUACAAUUAAAUUCGGUGACCACCGCCGAUCAGUUGCGGUGUGGUCGGCGGCGGACACGUUCUAUGUCCGUGCAAAGUGGCGGAGCUUGUGCGGGCGACGACGAUGACGUCGACGGCUGCCACCGCGUUAACGUCGCUUCCGGACCGUCGACAUCGGGAGCCCUCGCAACACUGACGGCUAGCAGUGGGGGCAGUGGCGGAAGUGCAGACGCAGUAGCUAAACCUCAGCGCCCACCGCCCCCUCGACGUCGCCGGCGGGCAUCGCAUCAACAUCACCAGCAUCGACCACGCCACAGACAUCAUUAUCACCGGUCGUCUGACUCGACGACUGCUUGUAGCUGCUGCACUAGUGACGACGAUUCGGCGGAUGAUUUAACUUCGUCCUAAGCGUAAUACGCUCUUCUCACAAUGAAUGUUAUUGCAUUACACUAUAAUACAUUUUAAAUAUCAUACGGCAAUAUUCAUAGUAACAAACAAACAACGUAAUUGGUACAAUCAGUGGCGUAAUUACGAGCUCGGCGUGGGGUGCGAUAACGUAAAUUUAUUUUACACAUGCUCGGUGAUGACUUAUGUCUUAUUAUUACUCCUACACCCUCAUAGGGUGUAAUCUAAUUUACUAUUUACCAACCCAUUUAUCACUAUGGUCAGUAUUUAUGUACAGUAAAUUACUAAUUAGUAUGUCUCAGAACGACUAGUAGCUACGCUGUUUACAAAAAUGUGUCUGACAUUAAAGAUAGGUUUCUUAUACCUCAAAAUUAUGUUUGCACCUCAGCUCCCAAGUGAUGUGUUCCAUUACUUUAUUAAAGAGGAAAAAUUAAAGAAAAUAACGAUAAAACUCAUGAUAGUAUCAAAUCAAAAGUGUAGUGUAGGUAAUAGACAUUGUAAAAUAUAUGUUGUUGAAGAGGAAGUGGUGCUAAAAUAAAUGUCGAGAAAAUAUAUUUUUAAAUAUAAAAUAAUAAUCUAAAAUACAAAUCAAAUACUAUUUAACAUUUAUGAAUUGAUAAAUUUAUACAAAUGCAGUGCCAGAUAUAAUGAAGGUUGCUAGGUGCGAGUAGGUUCUUUUUGAUUAAUGAUAUUAUAUUUUGUACGAGGUCUAUUUCUAUUAUUCUUUGGUUUAAGCCCUGGAUCUCAACUUUUUAUGAGUAUCAAGCUGUCUCGAAAACAUACUUCAGGUAGUUUAAAUAAACCACCGACAUUUUAAGCUAGGUGUCACUUGUCAGUGAAGACACAUAUUAUAUUAAUUAUUAUAUAAAAAUGUUAAUAAGUGGGAUAAUGUAUAUAAGGUUGAUGGGUUCUUGCAAGUGGUGGGACUAUUCGAAUAAAAAAAAAUUAGAAUUUUCGAAUACUUUAUUCGCACGAA